AUGUGGCUGCACACGACUAGCUCGAAGCCGGGGUUCGACCUCACCUCCCGGCGCUGUGCUGCUAGCCGGAAAGCCGGGACCCGAAGCAAAGCUGCUGCCAAGCGUGCCCAGAGGGGCUCCUCCAACGUCUUCUCCAUGUUCGAGCAGUCUCAGAUCCAGGAGUUCAAGGAGGCAUUCAGCUGCAUCGACCAGAACCGUGACGGCAUUAUCACGAAAUCAGACCUGAAGGAGACCUAUUCCCAGCUUGGGAAAUUGAACAUGAAGGACGAGGAGCUGGACGAGAUGCUGAAGGAGGGGAAGGGCCCCAUCAACUUCACCGUCUUCCUCGCACUCUUCGGGGAGAAGCUGAAUGGCACCGACCCGGAGGAAUCCAUCCUCAACGCUUUCAAACUCUUCGACCCCGACGGAACCGGCCACGUGAACAAGGAUGAGUUUAAGCAGCUCCUGCUGACCCAGGCAGACAAGUUCACCCCGGAGGAGGUGGAGCAGAUGUUCGCGGUGACGCCCAUCGACGUGGCAGGAAACAUUGAUUACAAAUCCCUCUGUUACAUCAUCACCCACGGUGACGAGAAGGAGGACUGA